AUGGCUUCCCAAAUUGCAAAGGUCACUAAGGAUCUGACCACGGCUGCAGACAUGCGGAAAACUACCCAGAUGCUGAUGCAGCCAAACGCAAACUGGGAGGAGUAUCUGACUCCUGCUCCCCUCUCCAUCGCCAUCAUGGGGGAGUUAGUCUUCAUCUCUUCAGGCACAGACUUCUCCAUUAACAAGAACCCCCCAAAAGAUGGAUUCAAGCACAUAAAGUACCCAGACUCCUUCAGGGCUUGUCUUAUGCAAGUCUGCAACUUAGGCUGGCAGGCUUUCAACAUGGCCCAUAAGAAUAUGGAUCAAAUCCGUAUUUAUACAGCAUCAGUUCCAGGCCACAUGAAAGAUACAAUAAAAAUCCUGUUUCAGGGAAAUGAUGAAAUUAUUGAUAAACUUCUUCCAAAGGAGUUGGAAAAUAUCCGCACCAUAGCAGAUGAAUGUGUGGAGCUAGCAGAUGGUGUAGAAAAGAAAUAUAAUGAUGUCAUCUGUUUAAUCCAGGAGCUGCUGGAAGCCUGCAUUAAUGCUAAACACAUCUAUGGAGAAGACCUGGAAAAGGUUAAGAAUAAAAUUGAGGAAAAUAAAUUGAGAGAACAGAGUGCAAAAGAGCUAAAUGAAAAAUAUACUAAAGCAAUGGAGGCCAUGGAAAAGCAGGUUGGAGAAGCACAAGAAGAGUUCAAAUCAUCAAUGAACUCCAUCCCAACAGGGAUGGAAAUGCUUGGCAUGGAGAUGGCCGAGUCAAUAUCACAGGCUUUGGCUACAAUGGGUAGUGCAGUGGUUACAAUGGCCGCGCAGAACCCCCAGAUUUUUAUGGCAGGAUUGGGUGGACCGGCUGGAAUAGCUGCAAUGACUGGAUUGACUGGAUUGACUGGAGCUGGUCAAAUUGCUGAAAAUUUGGCACAACCAAAAGGUGGACCACAACCCAAGACUAAAGCUGUGGACUCAGUCUCAGACAUAGCGAUCUACAGCAAGUCUGCACAGAUUCCUAGUCUCACAAAAUCAAUCCUAAAUUACAUAAAUGGAGUAGAGAGCAAUAGAGGUACAUCUGAAUUUAUCAGACGACAGUUUAAAAGGAUCUCUACUGAUAUAGCAAAUGCCCCACAGAGCUUAGUCAAAGACAAAGCUCUGUCUCUGUGCAAUGAUGGCAUUGCCAUCUGUGAAGAGCUGUCUAAGUAUUCUCCAGAUCAGAAAUUGGAAAAGAAAACAACUGAAAAGCUGAUUAAACAAACAGAGAAGCUGCAUCAAGGAGCUAUGCACUUUGACUCCAAGAGAAAAAUUAAAUUUGGUGUUCCUGCUAUUGCUCCCACACCUCCAAUGAUGGCCAACACAGAGAGUAAUGCUGAAUUUAAAACAGUGGAUAAUGCUGGACAAAAGUCUGCCGCGCAGCAAGCAUCAGAGAACGCACGUUUCCGCAUCGAGCAGAGCCGAGAACAGCUGAAGCAAUGCAGAGAAGAAUAUAACAAGGCUGUGGAGAGAAUGGAGAGAAACCAGAAAGAGCUGACUGACAUCCUGGUGGACAUGCAAAACUGCAACAUUAAAGAAAUCGAAUUUGACACCACAAUCAAAAUGCUGGUCAGAGGUAUGGAUGCCAUGGGCCGAGUGAAAGAGCAGUGGGAGAAGAUGGUGCGCUUCUUCCAGAUGGUGGCCAAUAUUGUAAAAACCAGUCUUUCAAAAAACAUGAUCCAGUUUGCAGAUAAAGUUGAAGAUGUACAAACACUGUCCUACAACUCUAAGCUCUUUACCAAAGACCUGCUGUACAACCAGGCCUUUCAAGCGUCCAACAUCGCCAGCCUGGUCCAUAUGAUCUCAGGGACCUACUGUGAAGUGUCCAACAAAUACCUGAUGGACAGAGUGAGCAGCCUGGGUAAGCUCAUGUCUAUGGAUAAGGACAAGCCAGAGUUCCUCCAAGAGCGCCAAAAACUGCAGAAUUCCUGCAAAGAAGCUCAAGACAGCAUUCUAAAAUUGGUCCUAAGCAACAAGAAAGAGUUUGAGAAAAAUACAGAGACCAGAAUGAAAGAAAUUGAAGGUGGGCUGAAGGCCAUUCUGCCUGCUGCUGACCCGGAGGAAACUAAAAGGAUCCAAGAAAUUGUUCAGGCCAGCAUGACAGACAAAGACCUGGAUGGUUUGAUUUAGAUACAUUUUAUUUCAUAUUUUAUAAAAACCAAAGGGCAUAUAUGGAUUAAGGGGUGGUGGUGAUUAAACUGUAAUCAUGUAUGAGUGUUUGUUUCUAGAUAAACAGAUUUCAUGUAAUUAAAUUAGCAACAUGUUUCUACAUAAUCACUGGUGUUGAGGUGGCAGGGUUAAAAAUAAUAAAUGAUCUUUGUUUUUGUUUUACUUUACCAUUCUUUAUGAAAGUGUUGGUACUCAGUAUGUGGCUCUGAGUGUGUUUAUGUUGAGACAGAAUGUCCCAAGUUCAGCAGACAGAGUUUUAUAGCUUUAAAAUAAGACUAGGUAACUUGAAUUGAUGGUGUUGUGUAUGAUUCCUGAGGCAAAAGUUUUCAGAUGAAAAAGAAUUUUUCUGAAGGACCAUAGAUGUACUUUUGUUUCUCCGAUAAAUACCUAGAAUUUGAAGUAACACAUUGUAAGAGAAUCAUUAAAAAUGACUGUUCCCCAUAGUCAUGUCUA